AUGCUGUUGUCUAUUUUACCCUACGAAAUACUGUUGGAAAUCGCGGAGAAUCUCAUCCGGGAAAAGGAUAUCAACUCCCUUGCUCAAACAUCAUCCCGCACCUACGAUUGUCUAGACAUUUUUCUGUACCGUAACAACAUCAAGAACUUUGAAAGCUACGGAUUGGUGGCUGCCGCUGAACAAGGCUGCGAGAGUUCGGUCCGGAAGUUCCUCGACCAAGGUGCAAAUGUUAACACGGAGGAAGACGUUGAUGGCAGGUCGCCGUUAAGAGCUGCGGCACAUAUGGGCCACGCCCAUAUAGUGCAAUUACUACUGGAAACUGAGGGAAUCGACGUGAAUGCCAGUGGUAAAGCGCCCACCGCCUUGAUUUGGGCGGCACAGGGCGGACACGACUCGGUGGUGAAGUUACUCCUCGGGGACUCUCGUGUCAAUCCGAACUGUUGCGAUGCACAAGGCAAUACCGCUCUAAUCUGGGCAGCGACAGAGAAUCAUGGCACUACCGUGAACUUAAUGCUCGAUAAUACACGCGUAAUUCCAGAUACUCAACAUAGGAAUGGCGGCACCGUGGUACAUUGUGCCGUGAGGCGUGCUCAACAUGCGGUUGUGAGAACAUUGCUGGAGCACAGUCGCAUCGAUCCUAACAUUUUGAACAAUGUUACUGGGAAAUCAGCACUGAUGUUGGCAGCGAGUAGCAGCAAAAUUGAUGAAGACCUAGUAGAGAUAUUGUUAGCCUCGGAUAAGGUCGACAUAAACCUUCAGGACCAGAGAGGAUACACAGCACUGUCUUGGGCUGCCGCCUAUGCCUAUCCCACGAUCGUGGCAUUGCUGAUUGAACAUGGCGCCGACAUCAACCAUACCGACACAGAUGGUAACACGUCGCUUAUGCUAGCUACAGCUAGACGUCGUUAUACUACCGCAGAAAUCCUCCUCGUCGCCGGCGUUGACCCAAACACUAGAAAUAGGGAAGGGCUGACAGCCCUAUCAGUGGCCGCAAUUACCUGCAACGCAGAUAUGGUGGAAAUGUUGAUUAGGAAUCCCAACAUUGACCCGAACUGUCGCGACCGUCGCGGUAAUACCCCAUUGUUGUUAGCUAUUCAUCAAGGCUAUGUGGAUGUGGCACAGGUGCUGCUAUCCAACGAUGCGGUUGACAUAAACGUCCAGGACUAUGAUGAUGAUACGCCGCUACACGUAGCAACAAGGGAGAAUUAUCGUGAAAUUGUGGACUUAUUGCUCAGCAAGCCAGGAAUCAAUAUUGACUCUAAGAAUAACUACGGGGAAUCACCGCUAACAUUGGCUCGGGCUAGCAAUCCCUCCCUAGCGGCCACUUUUAUCCAACGAGGUGCCAAGCUCACUUUUAGAGAUAUACAAGGGAUGACACCGCUCUCUUUCGGCAUUUGA